UUGACCAUUCAGUCAAGAAGGAUAAGGCACGACGUUGUCGAACUGCCCGAGUCGAGAUCGCGCCAACCAUUCAAUGCCGUCUAUUACACCGGAGAAGAACUGUUCCUCGGAACAUGCGACAGUAGAGGAGUCGGCGGCGUCGGCGUUCUCGUCAACACGAACUUGUCCAUGAACUUCGAUUCAUUCGAACAGCUUACAACCCGAAUCGGACGUUUACAAUUAAAAAGAUGUGGAUCAAUACGGGCUUUGAUAAUCUUCGUCUUUUACGCGCCGACAUCAAACUAUGACGAAGAAGAAAUCGAAGCGUUCUAUAUGGACUUGGAGUAUCUCUACAGAGAAGACCACACAUACUUCAAGGUCAUCAUUGGAGAUUUCAACCCCAAGAUUGGACCAAGAUGA